AUGUCGUUUUGGAAUGUUGUGAAGGAUGAGAUUGUGUUGCCAUUGUCGUUCGAUCUCUGCAAAAAGGUCGGCUUGCCGGCUCCGGCGAGCUUUAUGCAGCUUCCUUCGGUGCUCCCCGCUGAGGAUAUUGCCAAGGUGGGUUGUGUGUGUAAGGAGUCGAGAGAGCUUGUUGACGAUGAGGAGUUGUGGAAGCAGUUGGUUUUAGAUGAGUUUGUUCAUGACUUGUUUUUUUCCUUAAACUUCAUGCAAAUAUAUCAAUUUUAA